AUGCCACCCCUCGCCUUCCUCCGCUCCUCCUUUCUCUUCCCUCUUCCCUCGUCGCUCGAAUAUUCCACCCUUUUCUCCUCCCUCUCCUCCCUCUCCUCCUUCCCGCCAUCCUUCCCCCCAUCCUUCCUCCCCUCCUGCCUCUCCUCCCUCCUCUGCUCCGCCCUUCGCUUUCGGUCCAUGGAUCCUUCCUCAGAACCUUCCUCGGAGAAGCUCGACCCUCUCUCUCUUCCCUUGCUCCCCCUCCCCUCGUCGUCCCCUUCUCUCUCCCUACCCCUGCCCCCCCUCCCCUCGUCCUCCCUUACUCUCUCUCUUCCCCCGCCCCCUUUUCCCUCGUCCACGGAAACCCCUAUCUGUGUCACCGCUUCGAAUGUCCCUGUCACCGCUUUGAAUCUCCCUGUCCUUGUUUCCCCGAACAUCCAUACCGCCACCGCGUGUUUUCCUGUCCCUUUCGUCUCGCCGGUCAUCCCAACCUCCCUCUCUCUCCUCAAAGCCUUUCUCUGUUCUUCUAUCUCGGUCGUCCCUAUUCCUAUCCCUGCCUCCAUCCCUAUCCCUAACUCCAACCCUAUCCUUAUCUCUAUCCCCAUCACGAUCCCUGUCCCCCUUUCUGUCUCGUUCAAUUCCUCGCUCUCCUUCCCUAAUUCUCUCCCUCCCCUCCUCCUUCACUCGCCUCUCCCGAUCUACCUCCCGCUCCCGCUCUCCCUUCCCCUCUCCGCUCCUCCUAAAUUCCAACUCCCGCCUCUCUCCCUCCCCCCUCCCCUCUCCGCUCCUCCUAAAUUCCAACUCCCGCCUCUCCCGCUCUCCCCUCCCCUCUUCGCGCAUCCCACGCGCUUUCUCCCCGUUCGCCUCGUUUCUUCCUUCCCACCCCUUUUCCCGCUCUCGCACUCUCUCUUUGCUCCUAUCUCUGUCCUUAUCCAUCGCUCUCUGUCGCUCCCUCUGCUCCCUCUCUCGUUCCCGCUGCCGCUCCCUCUGCUCCCUGUCCCUCUCCCUUUCCCUCCCCCUGUCCAUUGCCGUUCCCUUACCACUACCUGUGUCCGAUUUUAA